CCACAAGCUUCCUAGCUCGAGACCAAAGGGAAAGUGAGGCCUCCAUCAGCUCUCAUCCUCAUCUCCUAGCUCUCCUUUGCUCCCCAAUAGGAGAAAAGUAUUCAGAACCCUCUCCAAGAGGCGCUGCCGGCCUCUUCUUCCUCCUCCCUUUCAAGUCAUUCCUCUGAUCCUCUCCAGCUAGCGUCUUGAUUCAUCUUCUUUCCUUCCAUCUGACUCCACCACAUGUAUGUAUAUAUGCAUCUCUCUUCUUGAUCCAUAUACACAUGCAUAUAUAAAUAACUAGUUAGCCAGCUUUUCUGCACUCAUCUAGCACGGUCAUGGUGGUGGGAAGGAUUGACACAUGAGACGACGCACCACACGAUCGAUGAGCCAUCGUAGCUAGAGAUCGAUCGAUCGAUUGAUCGAGACAUGAUACGUACCACACGGUCGAGGUCAGCUGCAGCACGUCAUCGCCGCCAUGGUCCCAAGUAGGAACCUGUUGCACCAUGACGGCAAGAACAACAGCAAGUUGUGCUACCCUGGCCAGUACUGCGUCGGCAUCACCGCCCAAUUGGAGGCCUCGACGGCGGCGGCUCGUCAAGAUAAUUACAAGCCGUCAAGAUCCCCUCGGCUAGCCAUGGCUGGCGACGAGCCGGCUGCGGCGGCCGGCACGAGCUCUCUAGGCGGCGCCGGCGCAGGAGUCAAUAGAGACUGGCUCCAGCUAGGCCUCGCCGCGGCGUCGUCAACCUCCGCCUCCUCCUCUGGCGACAACAACAGUACGGAUCCGUCGCCUCCCCCUGCGGAGUUGGACUUGUUUACCUACGGCUACGACAAGCAGCAAGCGAGGAUGAGACCAUCGUUAUUCCCGCUGCCCGUUAGGAGCUACCAGUACGGCCGCGGCAGGUAUCGGCCGACGGCGGCGAGCGGGUCCAUGUCGACGCCGUUUAUGCCUCCGUUCAGGAGUUCCGGCGAUGCCAUGAGAGUCAUUAGCCCGCCGCGACGAACGGAGGCGGCCGGGCUGUGGUUGACACUUCAGGCAGCUCCCAACCAAGUUAGAGAGCCCAUUUUGCCUCAGAUACCAAAGAGCUACUUAAGAAUCAAGGACAGCAACAUGAAGGUGGAGGUGGUGAUGAAGUACUUGGCUCACAAGCUAGGGCUCGCACGAUCUCAUCAGGUGGAACUGACAUGCAGAGGGCAGCUUCUUCCACCAUUCUUGCUGGUGAAAUACGUGAGAGAUGGCAUCUGGGGUUCGUCGGUGCUAUGGGAAGAAGAGCCACUUGGCGAGCGUCCUCGACGCUCACCGGCGGCAGCAACAACUGACCAUGUCAUGAUACUAUGUUACAGCACAAGUAGGACCAACUAGCACUCAACUUGUAAUUAAUUGAUCACAGGUUCUUUGGUUACUCAAUUCCUCGCUCCCCUGAUAUGAUGGUUAACUGAUGCUUAGACAUCCCAGAUUAACCAACCAGCUGUUGAUAAAAACAUAAAAUUUUAAUGUUUUGGGGUCCUUUUCCUUUGUGGACCGGCUAGCCCAUCUGGCUUGUUGCAGCCCA